GCAGCGGCUGAAGGCGGCGCUUAUCUCGACAGUACAUUUGUUACAGCACAACUCUACCUCCUUGACAAAUCGGACCCGUUGUACCCCGGACUUACUUGCAGGCAUAACGAAGUUCACAACAGCGAUGCCUUCGCCCUUGCGCGGACCUUGGGCUCUACAAACCUCACCCCCAGCUCCACUCACGAACCCGGCGGCCCCAGCCAUGGCAAGGUGGGCGUGUUGAACUUGGCUAGCGAUCGAGAACCUGGCGGUGGCUGGCGCUACACAUUGUCCGAGACGCAAGAAGAGGCACCCUGCUAUCCAUCGACGCUGUAUGCUACGCUAAUCCCUGAAUGGCACCCGCUUCCGAACACUAGAUCUGGGUCCUGCGCCGGCUAAAUGUUGUGGUGUCCAAGGACACUCUAGGCUGCGGUCUUAUCGACUUGCCAGUUCGGCAGCGACAUGUGGUGGCUGUCAUUGAUGUGGCUGCACCAUGCCACUCGAAGCUCACGGACGACGGGGAGGACUUUGCGGAUGCGACUCAGCAUGACUUACGAGAGAAGAUUUGUUUAUUUGAGGUUGGCGGCGGCCAAUGUAGUGACGAAUAUGGUGCUCGGGGCUAUGGGCUAUGGUGCUAAUGGGUGCUCGCCCCGCGCAGUUGCUCGGGAGAUGAAGGAUGCGCUUGAAAGAGAAGAGUUUGCUGGAUGGUUCGGGACAAUCAUUCUUGCAGUAUACGCUGCUGGGCCACUUGGAAAGUACACUUUCGAUUAUUUUUACCGAGGGGAUUCAAUGGUGUCUAGUGAACCACGUGGAAUAAGGGUGCAUGCAUGUUGACAACUCAGAUUGCCUAUGAGUUCGACUAGCAUGUCCAAGGCGCAGG